AUGUCUUUCUCUAGCCCUCUUUUCACCUCGUACAAGAGCCCCUACGGCCCGAAGUACUACUACCAGCGCAACUUCGCCGGCAUCACCUCUCAGUUCCUCGUCAAGACUGGCGUUAAGGCUAGUCUCUUCGCCGGUGUCGGUGUCUUCGCCCUUCUUUUCUAUGCCUCGGGCAUCCCCCGUAUCCAGAAGGAUAUUCUUCAAAAGGUUCCCUUCAUCGGCCACAAGUUCAAGAAGGAGAUCCCUGCAUCUGACAACCGUGUGGUUGGUGCCGAGGGUCAGGAGAAGGAGGUUUGUUGCCUCGGUUUUGAUGAGAUCUUCCAUAUCCCUCAAGCGCAGACAUAUUGUGAGGGACGGUAUGGAGAGUGGGAUGACAAGAUAACCACUCCUCCAGGGCUCUAUCUAAUCUCCGUUGCAGGACACAGGAUAUUGGGCAUCUUGAAAUGUACACCAUUUUCCCUUCGCUAUGGAAACCUUGUUGCCACCUUGACCACAGCAGUUCUGGCUUGGGAGUGCCGUCACCUGGUUGAGCUUCGUGCCUCAGAGGCAGAGGGAAGGCCGGUUUCUCCAGUGUCUUCCCAUUAUUCCUUCCAUACCGGCAUCAACAUCGCCCUGUUCCCCAUUAUCUUCUUCUUCUCCGGUCUGUACUACACCGAUGUGGUUUCCACAUUGGUCGUUCUCAUCGCCUUUCGAAACCACUUGCGCCGUGUGGGCCCCCAGUCUCCCGAUAUCUUGAACGAUAUCUGGACGAUAGUCCUUGGAGUAGUCGCGUUAUUCAUGCGACAGACCAAUGUAUUUUGGAUUGUCGUGUACAUGGGAGGUUUGGAGGCGGUGCACGUUCUUCGCCUGGCUCAACUUGCGACCAACAAGCUCACCAAGUUGCAUGAUCCGCCCAUGACUGAAGCCAACGCAGAGGGUAAAGUCCAUCAGCUUAUUCUACAAGCAUUGCUUGGUCUGUUUGCUGCCUUUGUCACCUGGAACGGUGGUGUUGUUUUGGGCGACAAGUCCAACCAUGUUGCCACGAUCCAUUUGACUCAAAUGCUCUAUAUCUGGCCUUUCUUCGUCUUUUUUUCAGCACCCCUCUUCAUCCCCUCAAUCUUGGCCUUCGUUAUUCAUCCUGGUCGCAGCAUUCUUGCAACGGCCAGGCAAGUGCCCUCCCAAAAGUCAGCCCUGCUCAACGUGGUUGGCACCUUGGCCACUUUUGUUCUCUCGAUUGUCAUUAUCAAAUUCAACACGAUCAUUCAUCCAUUUACUCUUGCUGACAAUAGGCACUACAUGUUCUACGUCUUCCGCUACACUGUCAGACGAUCGACUCUCAUGCGCUACUCUCUUGUCGUGGUGUAUACUCUCAGCCGCUGGCUGGCCCUUCACAACCUCGCUGGGGUGGCUACGCCGUCAGCAAGCAUGAAAGCUUCGAGAAAAGAGACACAGCAAGCAAGUCAGCAUACAACUGAAUCAUCCUCACCCCUUUCCCUUAUUACAAGACCAGCGGCCUGUGCCGUGUCGUCCAUUCCUCCUAAGACAUCCACGGCCCUACUCUGGCUCGCCGCCACCACCCUCUCUCUUAUGACUGCGCCGCUGGUGGAGCCGCGAUACUUCAUUCUACCUUGGGUGUUCUACCGGCUCUUGAUGCCGGCCUGGUAUGUGCCUGAUGACACUGUGAAAGGCAAUGGCACUUCCCAGAAGCAUAGCCCCGGCUCAGGUUGCAUUACAGGAGGGUUUGCGUCCGUGUUGAAUACGCUCGACAUAAGACUUAUCCUAGAGACGGUGUGGUUCGUGGGAAUCAACAUCGUGACGAUGUAUGUAUUCUUAACAAAGGGCUUCUAUUGGAGGGCAGAGGACGGCACCCUCCUGGAUGGAGGAAAAGUACAGAGGUUUAUGUGGUGA